AUGAAGAUUGCUAUGACCCGUUAUUUUGUACCACCUAAUUACAAGCAACAAGUUCACCUGCAAUUUACGCAAUUGACACAAGAAAGUUUAAGCGUCGAUGAGUACACUAAGAAAUUUUUCAGCUUAGCAACAAGGUCAGAAUUUCCAUGGAAUGAAGAUGUCAUGAUAUCUAUGUAUCGAAAAUGGCUGAAUUUACAAAUUUCUUCUGGUUUAGCUGCUUGUAGGCUUUAUACAAUGGUUGAUGCGGAUCAAGUUGCUGCUCAGAUUGAGGAAGAAGUUACAAAGAAGACUUCUAUGAAAUUUACAACCACUUCCUAUGCUAAGAAUGACAGGACAGCCAUUGACUUGAGUAAAGAAGGAAUGUCAAUCCAUUCACAACCUGCAACCAUCCUAAUGGGACAUAUUGGUUACCAAUGUCCUAUAAAGAAAAAUUUGCAUGUCGGCUUUGCACAAGAAAAGGAAGCUGCAGAACAAGAAUCUGAUUUAGCAGGAAAUUCUUCUGAUUUUGGGGUUUAUGUGGCUGAUGACCUUGCCGAUAAGGAGGAUGCGAUCACGUGA